AGAGUGACGUGGUGGACAUUACAGUUUCCUUCAUGUAAAAGGGGGAGAAAAGAGCUGAUUGUUCGUUUUGUUCAAAUCGUUUUAGUGGCCUAAAAUCAGUGCAAAUCCUCUUGGAACACUGACUGAGAUGGAAAAUGUUGGUAGAUAAAUAAACUGAUAAAUGUACGAAAACGAGUAAACAAAUAAACAAAUAGAUACAUACAGUACAUUAGUAAUUCAUCUUCCAGGGAACGAGGAUGUGUGCAAACACUUCCUGGUGAAGAUUGCAAAAGUUAUUUUUAGUUCUUUCCUUGCUGCCCAGACCGGUUUACCUGCCGUGGCAGAAACUAAAAAGAAGCCUCUCCAACCAAGUCCUGCACCAAAACCCACAAGAAAUACUUCAUUAGUCCCUGCGGGUCGUUGAGGAGGCUCCCGCCCGACAUUGCGUCGGCAUGUCGUCCGCCAGCUUCCUGCCGGCCAAAGAGCAGUUCCUGUGCAGCCUCUGUCUGGAUGUGUUCACCGAUCCGGCCACCCUGCCGUGUGGCCACAACUUUUGCCGGACCUGCGUCACGCGUCACUGGGACAGCGGCACCGAGUGCCGAUGCCCCUCCUGCGAACUUCCUUUCCACGGGAGGCCCGAUCUGCCGGUCAACAGUUUCAUAUCCGAGAUGGCAGCUCGGUUCAGAGAGUCGGCGGGGGGGACGGGCUCGGAUCGACAAGCCGCCCGACCGGGAGACGUUCCCUGCGACGUCUGCACUGGGAGAAAAGGAAAGGCCGCGCGGUCCUGCCUGGUGUGCCUGGCCUCCUACUGCGACGACCCCCUGCAGCCGCACCUGACGGUACCACGCCUGCAGAGGCAUCGGCUGACCGAGCCUGUGGAGGACCUGGAGGGCAGGGUGUGUGCGGUUCACGACAGGCCUCUGGAGCUCUUCUGCAAAGACGACCGGGCCUGUGUGUGCGCGCUGUGCCCGGCUUUGGACCACAAGUCGCACCAAGUCAUUCCGCUGAAGGAGCAGUUUGAGGAGCAGCGGGCGGAACUGGGGAGGAGAGACGUCGAAUUCCAGCGGAUGAUUCAGGAGAGACAAUCAAAGGUCCAGGAGAUAAAACACAUGGAAAAGCUGAGCAGGCAAGCCGCUGACAGAGAGACAGCAGACGGGGUCCAGGUCCUCACGGGUUUGAUACGGUCUCUGGAAAGAACCCGGGCCGAGCUCAUUGGGGCGAUCGAGGCGACGCGGAAGGCCAGCGAGGAGCAGGCCGAAGGCUUCGUCCGAGAGCUCGAGCAGGAGGUCUCCGAGCUGAUCAGGCAACGCGCUGAGGUGGAGCAGCUCUCUCGCACCAAGGACCACCUGCACUUCCUGCAAUGCUUCGGGUCCCUGAAUGCUUCCGCGCCCGCCAGGGACUGGAAAGAGGUCGGCAUCGAGCCGCCGCCGUUCGCGGGCGCCGUGAGAGCGGUGCUGGAUCGGCUGGAGGAGACGCUCGGUGCGGAGGUGAAGACGUUGAUCCGUGAGGCCGAGCUGGAGAGGCUCCGGCGGGUCGCCGUGGACGUGACUCUGGACCCCGACACAGCUCACAACGCCCUCAUCCUGUCAGGUGACGGCAAGCGGGUUCACCAUGGGCUCGUCAAGAAGAAUCUCCCGGACACGCCCGACAGAUUCAACCCUAGCUGCUGUGUGUUGGGAAGACAGAGUUUCUCCUCUGGAAGAUUUUACUUUGAGGUUGAAGUUGAAGGGAAGACCAGAUGGACUUUAGGCGUGGCCAGAGCGUCGAUCAAGAGAAAGGGAAUCAUCCCGCUGUGCCCCGACAACGGCCACUGGACCGUGUGGUUGAAGAACGGAGAAGAAUACGCCGCUCUGGUUGGCUCUCCUCUCGCCCUCCCGCUUGGCUCCAGGCCCCGGAAGGUGGGGGUGUUGGUGGACUACGAGGAGGGCCUGGUCGCCUUCUAUGACGUAGACGCCGCAAAUCAGAUCUACUCCUUCACCGGCUGCUCCUUCACCGAGAAGCUCCUCCCCUUCUUCAGCCCCGGGCUCUGUGACGAUGGCGUCAACUCGGCCCCUUUGGUCAUUUCCAGCACGAUUCGCAAUCAUUGAAACGAUGGCUUUGCGUCUGGUUUUCACUGAUGCAACGGUUAAAUUCUUUAAGUCUUGUUGUUGGCUUCAAUUCUCUCUGCUAAACAAUGUUUUACUGAGUGAGUUUUUCUCUCCAGAGGAGAGAACGUUCUUACUUCACAGUGAGGCGUUUUGGUUCGCUUCUGUGAAAAGCGACUUUGUUUAGACCAAAUAUUCUACAGAUAUUUUGACUUGUUGUGAAAGGAAAAGUGUUACAUGAAGAUGCCUUUUUGUCCAACAGCAGAGUGCAGAAACUGCUGCAUUCGUUGGAACACCGUCAGGUUUUACUGGUCUUUGUAAAAUGAAGGUCAACUCUGCACAGAGGCCUUUUUUCACAUUAGACAUCUGCAAUAAUUGUCACCGUAGGAAUGGUCACUAAUGGCAAUGCAGCAGCGUCUCCCAUCUGUUCACGUGUCCCUCUACACCACAACAUGACCCUAAAACUGACUAAAUGGAAUUUCAUUUAGCUGUUUUAUCCUCGUGCAUCUUAUCAACAUUGAUGUGUUUGUUCAGGGUUGCUGUCCCUGUUGUCGCAGUCGGUUUUGACCUGUCAAUCAACCGCUCCCAUCCCGCGCCGCCUCGUCGGCACUGCUCCUAAACGACAGCCACAGUGAUGUAACACACCUGUGAGGAAUGUAGUGAAUGCAGGAGCAGACUUAAUUGUAGUUGUCCAAGCCGGAUCAACGUCUUAAAUCUACACUCUCGACCGGGUUCUCAGACCUCUGGACCCAAUGUGGCAGGUCUGGAAAUGUUUGAACGUCGCUCAUCACGUUUAAUUAAUAGAAUUGUCCCCUAUGAUGAUGAUGAUAAC